AUGACGGCGCGAGUAGCCCAGAAAGAUCCGCGCAUCGACGCAGCAGUGCACGCGCACGUGGUGUUCGAAUAUGCACACAAUCACUUGGUGCACGGCCGGAUAUACACAGACAUGGCGCGGUCAUGGGCGGGCGGAUUCGUGCCGCGCGUGUGGGAGCUGCCCUCUAUCGAGGUGGAGACGGAGACGACGGUGCUGUUUUUUUACAACUUCACGCAGCCGCAUCUGUAUCACUAUAUCAGCGUCACAGAUAAGAGGACGGGGAAAUCGACGUAUUAUAAGCAAUAUGACGGGGGUCCAUUGUGGGGUAAAGUGACCGGUUCCACGGGCGACAAGGGCGGCGAGAGCGGGUGGAGUACCUAUCGAUGGCAGUUGGAGGCGUUUGUGGAUGCUGUGCUGGGGAAAACGCCUGCUUAUUGGAUUGCCGCGCAGGAGAGUGUGUGGAAUAUGGAAGGCGUGGAUGCUAUCUACAGAGCGGCGGGUUUACCGAUCCGCGAGUCGAGUACUGGUGGAGAAAGAUGA